AUGAUUCUAGCUAGUUCAAGCAAAUCUGAAAUCAUAAGAAUGAAAGAUCAGUUUGAUAUGAAAGAUUUAGGGAAUUCUAAAAAUAUUUUGGGAAUGGUUAUAAAAAGAAAUAGGCCUGAAAACAGGUUGACUGUUUCUCAGGAAGUCUAUCUAAACAAAGUUAUAACUAAGUUUGCCAUGAAAGGAUCAAAAUCUGUAAAUGUUCCCUUAGCUGCUCACAUGAAUCUUUCUAGUGUACACUCUCCUAAAACAGAGGAGGAAUUAAGGGAGAUGAGAAACAUACCUUAUUCUAAUGCUAUAGGUUCUGUUACGUUCUCCAUGAUUACAACCAGACCUGAUUUAACUUAUGCAAUGAGUUUUUUUAGCAGAUUUAUGUCCAACCCUGGUAAGCCCCAUUGGGCAGGUUUGAAAUGGCUGUUAAGAUACAUUGUUGGUACUUUAAGUCUUGGACUUGUGUAUGAAAAAAGAACUGAUAAGCUAACCUUAAAAGGUUAUGUGGAUACUGAUUUUGCUGGUGAUAAAUAUAACAUAAAAUCUACCACUGCUUACUUUUUUACACUUGGCGACAAUUGCAUAACUUGA